GUUUCUAUAUAUAGCCGGAAAUAACCUCCCAAGAUUAGAUGUGACAAAACCACUUCAUACAGAAUCACGAAAGACUUACUGUUUCUAGUGCUAACUCAAUCACGCACCGUCCAUUCACACAGAUCCUCUCCGAUGUCAUCCGAAUAUAUGGGUUAUCAGCAAGUUGGCUUACGGCCUCUACUGGGAGAUAUGUCCAUGGAUGCCAUCGAUCACUGUGUAUAUACCAUUAUUAGAAAAAGUAAUAAAGCUUUUACUGCUAAAUCGGAUCCCAUCGACAAGAAAAAGAAGUUUCCCUCUAAGAAGAGUCUUACGAAGCUCAUGAUCCCAAAUUACCGCAACAAAAAGCUCGAUGUUUCUGAUUUUGCUGAUGAUGGGACAUUAGAUUUCCUCUGUCGUGUUACUACGACUCGUCACACCGCGUGCAAACGCAAGCUCAACUGUCGUAUUCACCCAUUGGAAGAAAAGAUGAAGGUAAAGAGAUCCAAAGGCUGGGAUGAGCUCUGGGCUCGAUUCGUUAUUAUUUUCCUCGGUAAGGGUAAAUUUGACCCUCACCAGUUGGAUUCUGCUAUCAUUCCUGUAGACAAGGAGAGUGAUGAUGGCGGAGAGAAAAGUUCCGAGGUCGAAACUCAAACGAGUACUGCAAUCUUCCAGGAGGAAUUCCGCCCUUCAAAAGGUAGCCAAAAGCGAAGAUCAAGACAGACUGGUGAAUCACACACAAGCUGGAAGAAGACAAAGUUGAACCCGAUCACUAACCAAGCCCGGAUGGACGAGUUAUACCACAAGGUUGCAGACAGGUUAGCUGGAGGGAUCCACCCUUUAACGUACUCAAAUACCUCACCCUCCUCUCCGUAUCCUCCGGCUUUGACUGAUGAUGAUGGAAGUGAGUCGGACUCAUCUAUACCGGAGCUAGCUUCCACCUAUUCUUUAGGGCAUCUGGGUAAACGAUCACGUUCUAACUCGUUCUCUAAAAUACAAGAUUCAGUGGAUCCUCCAGUUUAUGACUUGUUGCUUACCCCCGCUACUUCUCAUGCUAAUAUCUUCAGUUUUACCACUCGCACAGAUGGCUUUAAAAGUGACUACCAAUUCAUCCCACCAACCUCUAAUCUGAUGAUCAACGCCCAUCAACACCCAAGCUGGGCCGCCUAUGACGAUAUAGAUGAUAGCUUUAAUACUGGAAUUACAUGUGUGGAUGAGGAGGAUGAGAGUUUUCAUUUGAUGGCUGACUUUCAGCACAAUCGUUAUGAUGCUGCAUGCUAUGACUAUCUUGGAGAUGGAAAUGUUAUGAGUAGUGGUGAUUACGGGUACGGUAAUGAAGAGUUUCCAAUCUUGCUGAUGGGAAUGCAAGAUGCCACUGAUCUCAGCAAAUCUCAGACCGCCCCUGAAGAAGCGCUGGCAGGCGGGAGAAGGACAGCCGAAGAGAGUGAUACCAGAAAUUUCGGCAUCCCUUCCUCGGCUGUUUUGGAAUCAAUUUUCGAGGAGAACGAAGAGGUUCGAAACCAUGGGAAAGUAAUGCUUUCUCGGUCUUCUGCUCCAUGUUUGAAUAUCGAGUCCGAGUCCGGAGAAUGCGGCUUUUAUUUAAGCGAUAUUAUGGACGAGACAAGUUUGGAGAGCAAAAUGGAAAUAACUAGAGGUUGUGCAGUCAGGCCUACCCUUGAAUCAUGCCACCCAGAUCAAUCACCUUUAGCUCAGUGUUUGGAUAUCCCUUGUUCUAAGUUUACUGUCGAGCAUGAAGUAAAUAUGACCAAGUCAUCGCUUGCUGCGCCUAUGACGGUUUUUUCCUCCUCCGCACUUACUUCUCCAUUACACCCAAAGUCAUAUCACACUUCCAGUGAAGCAGCUAUACUUUCCAGAGAUAUGAGCUUCAGAGGAAUCAGUUUCCCACUUCUGGGUGGAGAAUACCAACCGCGGGAAGGGAUGUACCCCGUAUCUCUCCCAGGUAACCUGCGAAAGCACAGUCAUGCAUUAAAUGGUCCUUUCUACAAAAAUGUAGUGACUUCUUCAGGUGGUAUCCCAAAGUACUUUCUUCCUCCAACUUCAAUUCCUUUGGUUGAAGAGUCUUUGGCACCUAUUACUUCAGGGAGAGGAGUUGAAGAAGGCAUCACAGGUAUUGCGGAAAUGCAACACUAUCCGUCAAUGACUCAAUCGGCUAUUAUUUUAAAACGAUUAGCUAUGAAUAUGGGAGAUACCACUUGUAUUCCAUUUGCCAUGUUCUAUAUCAAGGAUAAAUUAUCUGAAUGGGAAGAGCAUGAUUAUAAUGUUGAUGAUGAAGACGCAAAAUUAAAGGUCUUGGGGCUACUUUCCUAAGCUAUGUUGGCUUAUUGUUUAAUCUUAAUAAACGAAUAUACCUGA